AUGACGCGGAUUGACUCCAGCAUAUUGCGCUCUGGUCUCCCGAGUCCAGCGCUUCUUUUCACUAGCAAAGUUGUACAGAUAUCCAUUGAGCUGCGUCCAGUAGUUUCAUCGGUACUGGACCAGUGCUUUGAACUGAGCACGAUCCUCUGUCCGCUGCCACUCGGGAACCUCGUAGCUCUGCCGAUAUUGACUGUCCCCGCGUCCACGACCGACCUCGCCCGUUCCCUCGACCACGACCGCGACCACGGCCGCGACCACCAGCUCCAUCAUUUGAGCAAGUCAUACAUGGUAGCUCUCCAAAGAUAUGGUGAGGAGCGCUACCGCAUGUUCCAAAAAAACCUCGGACGCAAUCAGUUCUUCCACGUCGGCUGUCGUAAAGCUAUCUCGCAACGACUUGUGGCGUGCUGCGCAAAACAAGUCAUCCAAGACACGACGAUUGAGUAG